GGCUGCUGGAGUGCGGCGACGUCGCGGGCCCGGGGGGGCCGGCGGGGGGGCGGGCGGGGGGGGGGGGGGGGGGGGGGGCGCGGCGGCUGCGGGUUGCAGGGCAGUGGUCUGCAGGGCUUCAGCCUCCCGAGGGCCAGCCUCGCCGAGCCCGGAACUGGGUCUGAACCCCGCGCACAGCAAAGACGAGGCGGCUGUGGCGGCAGCGGCGGCCCCAGCCAUGCUGUGCUAUGUGACGAGGCCGGACGCGGUGCUGAUGGAGGUGGAGGUGGAGGCGAAAGCCAACGGCGAGGACUGCCUCAACCAGGUGUGCAGACGAUUGGGAAUUAUAGAAGUUGAUUAUUUUGGACUGCAGUUUACGGGUAGCAAAGGUGAAAGUUUAUGGCUAAAUCUGAGAAAUCGGAUCUCCCAGCAGAUGGAUGGGCUAGCCCCUUACCGGCUUAAACUGAGAGUCAAGUUCUUCGUGGAGCCUCAUCUCAUCUUACAGGAGCAGACUAGGCAUAUCUUUUUCUUGCAUAUCAAGGAGGCCCUCCUGGCAGGCCACCUCCAGUGUUCACCAGAGCAAGCAGUGGAACUCAGUGCCCUCCUGGCCCAGACCAAGUUUGGCGACUAUAACCAGAACACAGCCAAGUACAGCUAUGAAGAGCUGUGUGCCAAGGAGCUCUGCAGUGCCACCUUGAACAGCAUUGUGGCAAAGCAUAAGGAGUUGGAGGGGACCAGCCAGGCUUCGGCUGAAUACCAGGUUUUGCAGAUUGUGUCCGCAAUGGAAAACUACGGCACAGAAUGGCAUUCUGUGAGGGACAGCGAAGGGCAGAAACUCCUCAUUGGGGUUGGACCUGAAGGAAUCUCAAUUUGUAAAGAUGACUUCAGCCCAAUUAAUAGGAUUGCUUACCCUGUCGUGCAGAUGGCUACCCAGUCAGGGAAGAACGUGUACCUCACCAUCACCAAGGAGUCUGGGAACAGCAUCGUGCUCUUGUUCAAGAUGAUCAGCACCCGGGCAGCCAGCGGGCUCUACCGAGCCAUCACCGAGACGCAUGCUUUUUACAGGUGCGACACGGUGACCAGUGCCGUCAUGAUGCAGUACAGCCGAGACCUGAAGGGCCAUUUGGCUUCUCUGUUUCUGAACGAAAACAUCAACCUGGGCAAGAAGUAUGUCUUCGAUAUUAAAAGAACCUCCAAGGAGGCGUAUGACCACGCCAGGAGGGCUCUGUACAACGCGGGUGUGCUGGAUCUCGUGCCGAGAAGCGACCCCAGCCCUCCAAACUCUCCCCUGAAGUCCUCGGAGAGCAGCAUGAGCUGCGGCAGCUGCGAGGGCCUUGGCUGCCAGCAGACCCGGGCCCUCCAGGAGAAGCUGCGCAAGCUCAAGGAGGCCAUGCUGUGCGUGCUGUGCUGCGAGGGUGAGAUCAACUCAGCCUUCUGCCCCUGCGGCCACACUGUGUGCUGCGAGGGCUGCGCCGCCCAGCUCCAGUCCUGUCCUGUCUGCAGGUCACGGGUGGACCACGUCCAGCACGUCUACCUGCCGACCCACACCAGUCUUCUCAACCUGACUGUGAUCUGAUCUGCUGUGCACUUACCGGACAUGCCAUGUCUCCAUGAACUGCACUGGUAUAAACUAUAAACAUGAUAGAUUGUGGAGAGAAUAAAUACUCCAACGCCCAUCUGCCAUGCAACGUUUAGGGGGAAAAAAAAAAAAAGGAAGACUAGAAACAGUAUGACUACUCCUUACCGCCAAAAUGUACCAUGCAUAGAAUCAGCACCUCCGGGUUGGUGACCAGGAAGAGCUCUGGGACCCAGACACGUUCCUUGGACUUUUCUUCUUUUUAUGAUCAAGUAAAGAAAUCAGGAAGAUCUUUGACGUCAGUUAAGUGGCAGCAUAGCCCAAAAGAUUGGAAUGUAGGUGAAAAUAGGGUAAUAUACACAAGCAGACGAAAAGUAACAAUUGGGAAAAGGACUGUAAAGUAUUGGAGAAGGAAGGGAAUGGCGAAGUUGGAAGUUAAAACUCUAAACCCAGAUGAUGCCGCUAGUGCGUUGCGUGGUCAGGACAGUACAGAAUUUGGAUUGGCGGGAAGGAAGACAAAGCGGAGGAUGUGGAAGAGCCUGCAGGUGAGGGACAAAGGGUGAUAAAAUAGGAAGAAAGUAGAACCAAGUCAUAAAGAGACUUCUGGAACGAAGAUCCUAAGUUUGUUUAAGCAUUCCUGGUGGAUCCAGAGGCUUCAUGGUGUCAGAAACCAGAGUCCAUCUCAUCCUACCAUCCUCAAUUCAUGGCUUCCAUCCCACACUCUCAGAUGGUGUAUCCAGGUCUCAUCAUCACCUCCACAUUCCAGCCAGCAAAAUGAAGAAUGAAAUACACUCGGGGCUUCCCUGGUGGAGCAGUGGUUGGGAGUCCGCCUGCCGAUGCAGUGGACACAGUCAUCGGCUGGAAGUGAGGUACUCUUCAGAGAUGGAAGAAUUACAGAAUUGAAGGAGCAUGGGUCCCUGAGUCACUGCAUGGAAGGCAGCCCCUGGACAUCUGAUUGAACUUUACAAGAAAGGCCAUGUGAGGACACGGCAAGAAGGCGGCCAUCUGCAAGACAGAAAGAGACCUCACGAAAAACCAACCCUGACAGCACCUUGAUCUGGGACAUUCACCUCCAGAAUUGUGAGAAAAUAAAUAACCUUCGUUUCCUUCAAUGAACUUCAAGAGCUUCCUGUGGGACAAAGAUGAUGAGAGCAAGUGGGAUGGCUAAGAAUUUUAUCAUUUGCAGAAUUUGUGUUAAAUGAAUAUUUUGAUGUGUCUUUAUGGUCAGCUGUACCAAAUAUGAGUUCAUUGAGAACAGGUCGAGCCUACAGGCAACUGAAGAAAAUGAAAGGUGGUCCCUGCCUUGCGCAGGUUGCAAUCUAGUUUGAGGAUAUAAAGCAUAAAGUCCAUAAUGUUACGUGUGACCUCAAAUAAAUAGCUACCAUUUAUUGAGUAACUAUGGGAGACACACACAAUUUAAUUCUCCAAAAACCUGGGAGAGGUUAGCAUUAAACGUUUUUCUUCACCUUUUGACUUAUGAGAAAACUGAGGUUUAGAGAAAUUGACUCCCCCAAGGUCAUCCAGCUAUAAAGUGGUGGGGUCAGGUUUUGAACCCAGGCAGAGAGGUCCCAGGACAAAAGCAGCUUUAGUUAACGUUGUAGUAAAUUUUAAGGACUGAGAGAUUUAUAUUUAACUUUACUGAGACCUUGGCCAAAUUAUUUCCUUUAUACGGUCCUAAUUUGCCUUAUCUGCAAACCAGCUCCUUCAUUUGGGUUGUUGUGGAGUGAACGAACAGGUGCAGGCCAAGCACUGAAGCAUGUUCCUAAUGCAUAAUGAGGGCUCCGUGGGGUCAACAAGGAUUUCUUAGUUUUUGGCACGUGAGAGGUGUGACUCAGCACGGGGCUUGAAAUUAGAGAAAGGAGAAGGGAAGCCUUUCAAGGGGAGGACUUUUCCUCGGGUAAGGCGGUCACAUGCCCAGUCUCCCUAUAGGGGACGUCGGUGACAGUCAAGACGGUGUGCAUUCCCUCUCCUCCCCAAUCCCCGCCACUUCGGUCAUCGCGAUGAGCAAGGCCGUCAACAGGGGCGGGAGGUGGUUAAAAAUGUCACACAAGCGGGUUUCUUAGCAUGCGUCUGGUCUGUCCCCAACUCGUCGGUCCUCCCCCUCCCCCGUCCCCUGGGCCCCGGCCGGGGGGGGGGGGGCAGGCGGCGGGGGGGGGGGGCGGGAGCGGGGCCGGGGCGGAGCCCCCAGGACGCGGGGCGGGCCGAUCGCGGCUGCAGGUGUCCGCAGGCCUUAAGGGCGCGGCGUGCGCGCCCGGCCGAGCACCCGCCGCGGCACAGCAAGCCACGCGUUCCUGCCGCCCCGCCCCCUUUCCCCACUCCCCCGCAAGCCCCGGCUGCUCCCUCCCCCUAGCCCGUGCCGCAGGGAGGAGCUGCGGGCUCCCGCCGCGCUGGCCCGAGCGCGCCGCCGGCGCCAUGCCCCGCAUAGAUGCUGACCUCAAGCUGGAUUUCAAGGAUGUCCUGCUCCGACCCAAACGAAGCAGCCUCAAGAGCCGAGCCGAGGUGGAUCUCGAGCGAAGCUUCACAUUUCGGAACUCGAAGCAGACCUACUCGGGGAUUCCCAUCAUUGUGGCCAACAUGGACACCGUGGGGACGUUUGAGAUGGCAGUGGUGAUGUCACAGCACUCCAUGCUUACAGCAAUUCACAAGCAUUACACCCUGGAUGACUGGAAGCUCUUUGCCGCUAAUCACCCAGAAUGUCUGCAGCAUAUAGCCGUGAGUUCGGGCAGUGGGAAGAAUGAUCUGGAAAAGAUGAGCAGCAUCCUGGAAGCCGUGCCGCAGGUCAAGUUUAUUUGCCUGGAUGUGGCCAAUGGAUACUCGGAACAUUUUGUGGAAUUCGUGAAGCUCGUCCGGGCCAGAUUUCCAGAACACACCAUUAUGGCAGGGAACGUGGUGACGGGAGAGAUGGUGGAAGAGCUUAUUCUUUCAGGAGCAGAUAUAAUCAAAGUGGGCGUUGGACCAGGUUCCGUGUGUACCACCCGCACCAAGACGGGAGUGGGGUACCCGCAGCUGAGUGCUGUGAUCGAGUGUGCAGACUCGGCCCACGGCCUGAAGGGGCACAUCAUCUCGGAUGGAGGCUGCACGUGUCCAGGAGAUGUCGCCAAAGCCUUUGGAGCCGGAGCAGAUUUUGUCAUGCUGGGAGGGAUGUUUUCCGGCCACACUGAGUGUGCUGGAGAGGUGAUCGAGAGGAAUGGACAGAAGCUCAAGCUGUUCUAUGGGAUGAGCUCAGAGACAGCGAUGAAGAAACACGCAGGAGGGGUUGCGGAGUACAGAGCCUCUGAGGGCAAGACCGUGGAAGUGCCUUACAAAGGGGACGUCAAGGACACUAUUCUGGACAUACUCGGAGGACUGAGGUCUACCUGCACCUACGUAGGGGCCGCCAAACUCAAAGAGCUCAGCAGGAGGGCGACGUUCAUCCGGGUGACCCAGCAGCACAACACCAUGUUCAGCUAACCUCGAGAUCAAGGACGAGACGACCUCCAGCCGCCGGAAGCGUCUGCACAGGCCUGCUUUCCCAUCCCCCUCCUCCUGGGACGGCAGAGGUUCCGGCUGAUCCCAGAAGCAAGGCACUUCCUGGGUCAGUGGUUGGAGCUUAGCUGCCCAGAACGUGUAACCUCCUUGUUAAAACUAACACUCACGCCUUUUUCUUUUCUUUCCUUUUUUUUUUUUUUAAGAAAAUGAUUUCACUUUAAUAUAAUGCUAUGAAGA